AUGUCAGAUAUACGAACUGUAUAUUACUAUAUUCCAUACAAUAAGCGUAUCGGUAAAUCGUUAGAACUUCCAACGGAAACUAUUGAAGAAUUUGCGGAAAAUAAUUUUAAAGGUCAUUUGUUGCAAAUGCGACGUGAACCAAUAGCUACACCAUUUUUACAUAAAGAAACUGAGAUUGAAUUUCAUCAAUCAUUGGAAAUGUUUGCAAUGAUACUGCGAUAUAUGAAUAAUACACAAAUGAAUUGCGAACAAUUAGCGAUUCUUGGAAAAGCAAUUAUUCAAAUAGCCUUAGAUAAUCCUACACAAAGGGAUGAACUUUUGGUACAACUUUGUAAUCAAACAUAUCGUAAUGGUGUGAAAAAUAAUGCUGAUAAAGCAUGGACAUUACUUCUUGGUGCAAUUAAUAGUUUUACACCUUCACCACAACUCUAUCCUUCUCUUAUGAAUUAUUUCAAGCAACAAACACCAAAUUUAUCACGUCUAUUAAUUAAUGGCUUACUAAGGCAAUGUAUCGGUACGAAGGAUUUACCAAAAUCCCGUUAUUUUGCAUCAACAUUCCUGGAGCAGGCUAGUUUUAAACAACAACAAGCUGCUGUUUUAAAAGUUAAAUGUGCCGAUAAACAAGAAGGAUCAUUUGAAGUGCACUCUUGGAUGACUGCCGAUGAAUUAGCACGAAGAUGUUUGCAAAAUCGAGGUAUUGGUGAUCCUGAUGGUUGGUCAUUAAGUGUCGAAGAUGAACGUUAUGCAAUAUAUGCGCCGGGAAAUUGUUAUGUUUAUGAUAUAUUAGCACAAAUGGAACAACAAUCAAUUGAAUAUAAUAAUGAAAUUUUCGUUAUGUUUGAUAAUAGUGCUAAUUGGAAAGGUUCACGGGAUAAUGGAAAGGCUACUGAGAGAGAAAUAUCGGAACAACCUGAAACAAAUGAAGAAAUGAAACAGAAUGAUAAUUCACAAAAUCGAUUUGGGACAAAUGCCAAAUCACAAUUACAAAAAGGGCAGCAAUCAAUGAUGCCACAACGAUCGGUACAAUUUGUAUCACAAAGGAUGCAAAAUGAUUUGCAUGCUGAAUCCAAGCUAAAAGAAUCAAACCAUCAAACAUUUGAUAAUGAUGCAUCUAUUUAUGAAGAAAAUACAAUCAAAAUACCUCCAAUACCACCACCACAUUGCAAUUCAAGUUUACACGAACAACAACAAUAUCGUCAACAACAACAACAACGACAACAUUAUGCAACUGAGGAAAGGGAAGCAAAAGAUGGUGAACUUUUAUAUGGUCAACAGCAGCAGCAGCAGCAGCAGAAGCAGCAGCACCAUGCCUUACCAGAGUUAUCAUCAAGUAAUUUGAAUAAGCGAUAUAAGAUUAAUCAAAACCCUGAUAGUGCUACUAUCAACAAUAAUCAUUACGAUAUAAUAAUGGAUCGUAAACGUUAUGAUGAUAACAUUUACAGCAAUGUUCUUUAUGAUGGUCGCAAUACGAUAGAUGAUAAUUUUCAUCCCAAACAGCAACAACAACAACAUGAUACUACAUUGCAACGUUAUCGAAAUCAACAACAGCAGUUUGUCCAACUUCGACAACAACAAAAUCAGAAUCAGCAAUCUAAUUUUGCUUAUAUACCGCAACAUUUUACUGCAAUGGCUACUAUGCCUUUUAUAUCAACUCAGUUACAAUUCAUGCCAGUAAUGCUUCCAACAACUUCAUUCCUACCAGCACCACAACCACCACCACAUCAACAAUCAAAGAUAGCUGGCGCGGAAAAUGGAAUUGGACAACAAUUAAUUAAUCAACAAAUAAAUAUUUCAUCAUCAUCACCAUCAUCAGCAACAACAACAACUGCUCAAAUGAAUAUGAUUAGUAGUAAUGAUAUGCAACAACAUCAUCCUGAUAAUUUUACGGUAGAAAAAUUAUGA